AUGACAGCUCCCGACGUUGCACCUCCGAUCGUCUCGGCCGCCUUCGCGCCUAGCAAUCAAACCAGUAGCGAUGCUGCUCAGGCUGUUCAAAGACCUGCGGCCCGUACGCAAAAGAGCUAUGCCACGCAUGACGGUGAUUUGGAAGGCCAAGGAGCACUUCAGCGAUAUCAAUCCCGCAUGUCGCACAUGUCACAGGAUGAAGCGGAUGAUUUGAUACGAAGGCUCACCUCGAGACGUUCGGUCGGUGAUUCUGGGAGCCCUGACAACACCUUCAAUGAUUUGCUCGGCGAGAUUUUCGAUCGUGAUGAGAUGAAGAAGAAGAAUGUCGGCGUGUACUUUAAGGAUCUCACUGUGGUCGGCAGCGGCGUUGGUGCUGCCAUCCAGCCAACGGUGGGCGACAUUCUCAAGGGAAUUGCAUCCAUCCCUAUUUUGCCCUACAUCAUCUACAAAAAGUCCAAGGCCAAGUCCCCCGAUGCUGUCGAGCGCAAGCUCAUCAGUGGAUUUGAUGGAUGUGUCAGAGACGGCGAGAUGCUGCUUGUUCUUGGACAGCCCGGCUCCGGGUGUACCACCUUCCUCAAGGCGCUUGCAAACCAGCGUAACGGCUUCAAGGAAGUUACUGGUACCGUUCAUUAUGGCGGUAUCGGAGACGAAGAGAUGGGUCGGAAGUAUCGCGGUGAGGUCGUUUACAAUAGUGAAGAUGAUUUGCACUUUGCGACUCUGUCUGUCGAGCAGACGUUGCGUUUUGCACUCAAGACGAGGACGCCUGGUCAAAGACCCCAGGGCGAGACGCGUAAGAACUAUCAAGACAAGUUUUUGAACGUUCUUGGCAAGAUUUUUGGUAUCGAACACACCUUCAAGACGAAGGUUGGAGACGAGAUGGUUCGUGGAGUCUCUGGCGGAGAAAAGAAGCGUGUCUCUAUUGCAGAAGUAUUCGUUAAUCGUGCAAGUGUCGGCUGCUGGGACAACUCCACUCGUGGUCUUGAUGCUUCCACUGCUGUUGAAUACUGCCGCUCCUUGCGUGUACUGACCAACAUUGCCAAGGUCUCGACAGUAGUGACCAUUUACCAGGCAGGUGAGCAGCUCUAUGACUUCUUCGACAAGGUCUUGCUUAUUGAGGGUGGUCGAUGCUUGUACUAUGGUCCUGCCGAAUCUGCACGUCAGUAUCUUAUCGACAUGGGUUAUGAGGCUGAAGAGCGUCAGACAACAGCCGAUUUCUUGACAGCCAUCACCGACAAGCGUGCCCGCAAAAUUCGCGAUGGAGCAAGUCCGCCACAGACAGUUGCUGAUCUUGAGGCCUACUACCGCGAUUCCGACACAUACAGGCGCAACCUCGAAGAUAUGGAGUCGUACAACAAGCGAUGCAAGGAAGACCCUCCCGCAGAUACUUUCAAAGAGGUCAGCACAGACAAGAAGGGUAAGCGUCAUGGUGUCUAUGGCUUGCCUUUCCACAAGCAAGUCUGGUACUGUACCUUGCGUCAAUACCAAAUCAACUUUGGUGACAAGCUCUCACUCUAUGGCAAGAAUGGUUCAUCCAUUUUCCUCUCCCUCAUCAUCGGUUCUUCGUUUUACAACAUGCCCCGCGAUACGAAUGGUGCCUUCCUUCGCGGAGGUGUGCUCUUUUUGUCGUUGCUCUUCAACGCACUCUUGGCUUUGGCUGAGCUGUCUUCUGCAUUCAGCUCCCGUCCUAUCUUGAUGAAGCACAAGUCGUUUACGUUCUUCAGGCCCAGCGCAUUCGCUGUUGCACAGGUUGUUGCUGAUAUCCCCAUCGUGGCAAUUCAGGUCUUUACAUGGGAUAUCAUUAUCUACUUUAUCUCUGGUCUGCAAUACACUGCCUCUCAAUUCUUCAUCAAUCUGUUGGUGCUGUACGUCACCACGCUCGCGACAUACUCCUUCUUCCGAAUGCUGGGAUCCUUGGUGCCUUCGCUCAAUGCAGCCACCGCCCUCUCGGGUGUGUCCAUUCAGGCUCUCGUUGUUUAUGCAGGUUAUAUCAUUCCAAGACCCAGUAUGCAUCCUUGGCUGUACUGGCUCUGGUACAUCAACCCACUUGCCUACGGGUUUGAAGCACUCAUGAUCAACGAAUUCUACAAUCUCGAGUUGGAGUGUGUCGUACCGCGCUUACUCCCUUUCGGUGCUCCCGGCCAAUAUCCUAGCCAAGGAUGCGCUAUUGCUGGCUCGACACCCGGAUCCACGACUGUGCAAGGCGCUGCCUACAUUUCCGAGUCUUUCACCUAUGUUCGUGGUCACCUUUGGCGAAAUGUUGGCUUUAUUCUCAUCUUUUGGAUCUUCUUCAUUGCCAUGACGUGCUUGGGAACGGAGCGUCUCAAGCCCAACGCAGGUGCUGGUGGCUCACUCGUCUACAAACGUGGCGGAGAACCCAAAGCGGUCAAGGAGGCCCUUUCUGGUGAAAAGGCAGUCGACGCUGCCCGUGAGGCUGAAGCUGACAAUGCCGACCAAGACAAGAGUGACAGCGACUCCACCAUGGACGGGUUCGAAAAGUCUGAGACCACCUUUACCUGGAGCGAUGUCUGCUACAAUGUUCCAGAUCCUGCAAACAAAGGACACCAGAAGCAGUUGUUGGACCACGUCUCUGGCUGGGUCAAGCCUGGUCAACUCACUUGUUUGGUUGGAUCUUCGGGAGCUGGUAAGACGACAUUGCUAAAUACACUUGCACAGCGCCAAACAACUGGUGUCGUGACUGGUGACAUGCUCGUUGAUGGACGCGAGCUGCCAAGCGCCUUCCAACGUGCUACCGGUUACGUCCAGCAAAUGGACAUGCAUGAGCCCACUGCCACUGUCCGUGAAGCUUUGCGAUUCUCCGCAUUGCUGCGUCAACCCCGCGAAACGUCGGAAGAGGAAAAGUACGCUUACGUUGAGGAGAUCAUCAAGUUGCUAGAGAUGGAGCACAUGGCUGAAGCCAUCAUCGGCCUUCCGGGCAACGGUCUUACCAUCGAGCAGCGCAAGCGUGUGACCCUCGGUGUGGAGCUUGCUGCCAAGCCUAGUCUUUUGCUGUUCUUGGAUGAACCUACCUCUGGCUUGGACUCUCAGGCGGCCUGGAACAUUGUUCGUUUUCUGAAAAAACUUGCUAGCGCUGGUCAAGCCAUCCUCGUCACCAUUCACCAACCGUCAUCCAUUCUCUUCCAGCAAUUUGAGCGCAUCCUGCUGCUCGGUCCUGGUGGCAAGACCAUCUACUUUGGUGAACUCGGCAAUCAAUCCAGGAAGAUGCUUGAGUACUUUACAAGCAAUGGUGCUGAAAACUGCCCAGAAGACGCAAACCCUGCUGAGUGGGUGCUCGAUGUUAUUGGUGCUGGAGGUGGUAUUGGUGCCAAGAAGGCAAAGCAAGACUGGCCUCAAAUUUGGCGCGACUCCAAGAAUGCACGCGAGACGAACCAAGAGAUUGCCCGCAUCAAGCAAGAACGUGGGGGCCAGUCCAACAAGUUUGAACAAGAUACACGCAAGUACGCUAUGCCAGCUUUCGCACAGGCCAAGGCCGUCUUCAUUCGAGUCUUCAUCUCGUACUGGCGAACACCGGAUUACUUCAUUGGCAAGCUCAUGCUGCAUAUCACGACUGGUCUCUUCAACGGCUUUACGUUCUGGAAUCUUGGCAACACCGUCGUGGACUUGCAGAAUCAUAUCUUUUCCAUCUUUUUGGUUUUGACCAUUGCCCCGCCUUUGAUGCAACAGCUUCAACCUCGCUAUCUCGAGUAUCGUGCCCUCUUCCAAGGUCGCGAGCAGCAGAGUCGGAUGUACUCCUCGUGGACUUUUGCCCUCGCUUCAAUUGUCGUUGAACUGCCAUACACUAUUGCUUGCUCGACCAUUUUUUUCUUUUGCUGGUACUUCCCAACUGGACUCCCUCGCGAAAUAUCUCGUGCUGGUGCAAUUUGGCUCUUCCUUACCCUCUUCGAAGUCUACUACAUCACACUCGGCAUCAUGAUUGCUUCGAUUGCCAAGACUGCACUCUUCGCAAGUGUCCUUGUUCCAGUAUUUUUCACAUUCAUCAUUGGCUUCUGCGGUGUUCUGGUCCCCAGAAAUGCGCUCCCACACUUUUGGCUGUUUAUGGUUGAUUUGACGCCGUUCCGAUACUUGCUAGGAGGCAUGUUGACUUCUGCGGUGAGUGGCUUGGAGGUCAGAUGCAGCUCGAACGAAUUCGCAAGGUUUUCGCCUGGUGCAGGACAAACGUGCCAGGACUACGCAGGAUCUUUCGCUCAGCAAUUUGGAGGUUAUCUCAACAACCCAGCUGCGACGUCAGACUGCGAAUACUGUCAGUAUGCCGUUGGUGAUGAGUACGCCAACACUCUCGAGCUCUACUUCAAGAACAGGUGGCGAGACUACGGUGUGUUCUGGGCAUAUGUCAUCUUUGACGUGCUCAUUGUCAUGCUCUUUACUUAUUUGUACUGUGGUGGCUUCCAGAAGAUUGGACAGUUGUUCAAAAGAUCAGGCAAGCGUCGCUCAAAGAAGUCAAUAUCGCAUGAGGAAGAGAAGCGAGAAGCAUCUUCUAUGUGA